UUAUAUUAUUGCAUAAUUUAAUAAUGAUUUGUAUAGUACCAAAAACAACUUGUUAGAAUUAUCUCUAGACCACAGCAUUGCAUUAUGACGAGCGGAGUUCAAAACUGCAACCUGUUGUAGCUACAGCCCAUGUAUCAAACCACUACACCGACACUAAACGUUAGAAAUUUUGAGACUACGUAUACCGAUCACUUGGUAGAAAUCUAUCAUAGUGUCUAGUGUGCCUACUAUUUCACGUAAGAAAAAUGCAAAUGGUUUAAGAUAAUUGCGAGUCACAUAGGUAAGAAAGUAUGUAGGUAGGUAUAUUUUAUAGGAAGUCAUUCGCUCCAGUAACUAGCUCCAACCGGUUGCCUAGCUGAAUACAGUUGGAAUCGUUAGGGGUUCGGGGUCUUUGGAAACGAACAAAAAUGUUGAUUGUGUUUGUUUCUGAAUAGGGGGGUUGGUGGAGUGGGGUGGCGUGUGCCCUUCGCGCAUGCUCCAUUCAGUCGGCGACCCGGUGCGACCCUCGUCAACUUCAGUCCACAGCUGAGGAGCUCAAGGCGAUACCUCGUGCUUUGUCACUGCAUAAUAUAUUAGGACUACAAAAUCCUACAUUAUUCGAAAAAAUGAUGAAGCCAAAACUGUCGUGCCAUCGUCGUCUAUACGAAAGACUAUUUAAACAUCAAACAUUGUGACGCACAACUAAUUCAUAAGUUUGGAAUUACUUUAUUUCUAAUAAAUAUAUAAAAUUUAUAACUCAUUUAUCGAUUGCUUUUGAAGUCGCAAAAGUAAUUAAAAUACCUAGCUAUUACAUAUUCGACAGUUAUUUUUAUAAAAAGGAAUGGAAAUUCGACUGUUUAAAGUUAAGAAAGGAUUGUUUCCGAGAAGUGUUGAGGAAUUAAUAUAAAUAUAGAGCAAAGCUUGUUGUUGAAUAUGGUAAAUUUUUCAUUUGAUUAGGUGAUACAGAAAUGUUGUUUUAUAUUGAAAUUAAUUAGUGAAUACAGUCUUGAAAAACAAAACAAUGGAACCGUUUUCUGAUGAGUUGCUAUGGCUUGUGAUAAGCGGGUUUGUGGUGGCGUUCGUAUUAGCUUUCGGCAUUGGCGCGAACGAUGUGGCCAACUCAUUUGGCACCAGCGUUGGAUCCAAGGUGCUCACGCUGACGCAAGCUUGCAUACUUGCUACAAUCUUCGAGAUCGCCGGCGCAGUGCUUAUAGGAUACAAAGUAUCGGACACGAUGCGGAAGGGUAUUUUGGACGUGUCACUCUACGCAGAUGGGGGUGAAAAGUUGUUGGCGGCGGGGUGUUUGUCGGCGUUGAUCUCGGGUGCGAUCUGGCUGAUAGUAGCCACGGCACUGCGACUGCCAGUCUCCGGCACGCACUCCAUGGUCGGAGCCACUGUGGGCUUCACGCUCACCGCGAAGGGGCCUAUAGGUGUGCGCUGGUCAACACUUGGAGCUAUCGUGGCGUCGUGGUUCAUAUCGCCAGCUUUGAGUGGCACAGCGUCCGCUCUCUUGUUCUGGCUUGUACGCCGUUUCAUCCUGCGCGCUACGCAGCCAGUCAAGGCUGGCCUCAGCGCGCUCCCCUUCUUCUAUGGAGCCACCAUCGCCGUCAAUGUGCUGAGCGUGGUCCAUGAUGGGCCCAAGUUGCUAGCUAUGGAUAACAUCCCGUUGUGGUUGGCGCUCGUCUGCUCCAUGGCUUUUGGCGCAUUGGUCGCCGUGUGUGUGAGAAUCUUCCUAGUUCCGUAUUACCAACGCCGAAUAGUCGCUCCUCCUGUCAACUUCUCUCUUGGAUUAUCCAAUGAAACAACUCCAGCAAACACACCAACCCACUCUAAUAAAAGCAGCGUGCCACAACGUCCGACAUCACUGUUGUCCGAAGAUGGCAAAGUACUGGAGGUCAUCGCGGAAUGUGCUGAGAUGGUCACUCUGAGUGACGCGGACAAAUCCUCUGUGGGAGUGAGGGAAAUGAACGCCAGGAACAGAGCUCUCCUUGCAACCAUGGACGAUUGCAGCAUUCUAUCAAGAAGUCUCAGCCCACCAAACAAGUCCCGCUUACAGUUAAUUGAUGCCGAUCCCCAAAUCAACACUUUAAAAUACAUCGAUGAGACGUUAAGUUGCUGCAAAAGUUUGGAUUCGGCGCAAAUGGCUGGAAUGGGAGAGAGUUACGACUCCAGAAAUGGUUUCCUCGGUGAUUCAUGCGAUACCAUAGCUCGCACGGAGUUUGAUAGACUGGCAACAGCACGGGCGACACAUUGCGUGGAAUUUGAUACUCCUCCGCCACGGCUCGAUAAGGAGCCAGACGGAGGUAGUGCUUGGAGCAUCGAGCAGGGUGUGGUGGUGGAUGUGAGCAGCAGUGUCCGCGCGCCCGGCAUCACGCCCAACUCCAGCGCGGCGCCGCUCCUGCGCGCGGUGUCCCCGCCCCCCGCGCCGGCGCCCGCACCACCCCCCGACGCACUUAGAUUAUUCUCGUUCCUGCAAGUUCUAACUGCAACUUUUGGUGCUUUUGCUCACGGUGGCAAUGACGUCAGUAACGCCAUCGGUCCUUUGGUGGCUCUAUGGCUGCUGUACUCGGAGGGCGGCGCCCACUCCCGCGCGGAGACUCCGCUGGCUAUCCUGGUGUUCGGCGGAGUGGGCAUCGCACUGGGGCUGUGGCUGUGGGGCCGUCGCGUCAUCCGCACCGUCGGGGAAGAUCUCACCAGUAUUACACCAGACACGGGCUUCACCAUCGAAUUGGGGGCAGCACUGACGGUCCUGGUUGCCAGCAAGGCUGGUUUACCAGUUUCUACCACCCACUGCAAGGUUGGCUCCGUCGUCUGCAUCGGAUACUUCUCAGAGAAAGCUGUGGACUGGAGUCUAUUCAGAAAUAUAAUUUUCGCGUGGGUAGUGACUGUGCCCGUCGUCGCCGCCAUAGCAGCGCUCGCUAUGCUAGGGCUAGAAGCAUUCGUCGUUUAGAAAACUUCAAUUAUACCGGACCUCACUUGUCAAUGAAAAUGCUCGAAAUUCAGGAAUAUGGAUGUUCUUAGAAUUAAAUAAAACCAACGGCAUGAAGCUCGCGAACAAUGUUGAUUGCAAAAUGAUUCCAUAGCCAUAAAUGUGUUAUUAAAAUAAAUACUAACUAAUCCAAGUUCUCGUGUAAUAGUUAGGUUUCGUGGUAUCACGAUAAAUGUUUUCUAUUCAUGUUAAACUACUACAGUGUAAUAGUUGUAACUUGUAAGACUAAUCUUUAUGUAUAGUCCUUAGACUUCUAGGACUUUCAAACUGUGCACAUUUCUUGAGUCCGGUAAGGCGGCCUAUUCACCUUCAAUGAUAAGCAUAGUGCUUUUGGGUUUUGGUGUAUGGGCCGACUAAGGAAUAAAUUGAUUUAUUUAUCUUUGUUAGGUGUACUUACUAGAUGGACUGUGAUUUAAUAAUCUAAAAAAUGUUAGGGCGUAGAUAUGAAACGCUUUGAGGACACAUAGGUAAAUUUUGUCAGCUCGUCCGUCUGUGUGACAAAGAGGAGCUAAUUAAUUAGCUCUGUUGACGUCUGUCUCUUGAUUAAACUGUUGCUAUUUAUAUUGUAUACUUACCUGCCUAUUUUCUUUUCCAUCCAUUUAUUUGUAGAAUUUAAGCGGCAAGUGGCUUAAUGAGGACCUUUGCGCUUUAUUAGUAGACCCCCUUUUAGUUAUUCAACUACAUAAGUAUUAAGAUUUGAAAAAAUAUUUUUUAUGUUUUAAUAACAAAUGAAUCUCGUUGUAGGUACCUAUUGAUUUUUGUUUUAUGGACACUUAAUAGGUAUUAAAAUGGACUACUUUUUUCGCCGUUACCUUGAUAUUAAUUACAAGAACUAUUAUACUUGUCUUGUCUAUUGAUACUUGUCACUAUACUUCUGAGUUGUAAUUGACAUCUUUACUUCUUUAGGUACCUGAUUCUACGUAAAACAGUGCACUUUUGGUAAAGCUAGUGCAGUCUUUAUAAGAACUCACAUACAAGUGAUUUGACUGUUAUGUGUGGCCUAUUAUGUGGCAGAUUUAGUGCGUUACAUCAAACCUAUUUGAAAUGGUGUGGGAUUACGUGGACUGAUAAUUUAGUAAGAGUGAUGAGACAGAAGGGACCUGUGUUGACAUGUUUCAAGAGGGUGAUAAUGAACUAAUCCCGGUAAAACACUGUAAUUGCUCAUUUAUGACAGAAUUAUGCAUGUUGAGUUGUUUAAAAGUGUCGCAAAUGAAUGUAACCCUAGCGCGAACUUUCUCGAAAAAGUUUUGGGAUCGAAGAGUCUUUAUUUGUUUGGAGAAAGGACUCCAAAUUCAAAAUCUUCAAUUUUGAUGUUGCUAUCACGAGUUCUUUUUUCGUUAGUGUUCGUGCUACGGUUUUAGUAAAGUCACCAACAGAAGUCUGCUAACACAAUCAGGUUCAGUAACUACUUGUAAUUGUUGCAAUAUAAUAUACCUGAUAGCGAAAUAGCACUCAUUGAACUUUUUCGUGCACAGUUAAUUUGAAAAUCCGAUUGUGGUAACAAAUAUCUGUUGCUGAUCAUACUACCUGGGUAAUGCAAUUGGCCAUCUCCUAGUAUUUUAUAGAAAUAAGUGAAAUGUUAUACCUUCGUGUAAUAGAUUGUCUCAUUCAAAUACAUUUUCUAAAUACCUUACCUCUUUCAGAUGUGUGUACCUUUCUUCAAAGUUUAUGACUACUUAUGUCAUUCUGUGAGUGAAUUGUUAAACUUAGACAAAUGAAACUUUUAACAUUGUAUCAAUCGUGUUGCGUUUUUAUAAACAACUUAAUAUGUGUCGUGCAUUAUGAAUUUCCAAACUAAAUAACAAUAGGUGAUAUUAUUGUUGAAUAAACAUAGUUGAAAAUAAAAUGUAUUUCCUUUGUGAUAUUAAUUUGAAGAAGGGCAGGAAAAAAUCCAUGGCCAUGUUUUUUAGAUACGUUAGGUGUCUUUGAAUUCUUGCGUAUACCAUGAUGAUAUGCAGUUUUUAUAUAAAGUUAAAGAAUAUUAAUAGUUACUUUAUCGACAGGGCGGUAUGAUACGAGCAGACAUUGAAAUUGUUGUUAUCGAAAAAUUGUCGCAAUGUAGCGCCCAUACGCUAUAUUACCUUAGCGUCUCUUAACUACCCAUAGCUUUUUUGUUUCCUUUUAACCAACCUCAUAUCGAAAGUAGUUCUCAAUCUAACGGAUUUUUUUUUGGGACUAUGCUGACACUCAUGUUCGCCAUUGUAACUCUUGACAGCCAAGAUGAAACCUACGAAAACCACUGAAACAAAUAAGCUCUUUGUAUUUCAGGGGUAACGAUUGACUGUAACUCUAACCGAAAUAAAUUAGAAAAAGUGAAAAUGUUUGGCACGCAUGAUCAACCAAAACAACCUGCGUUAUUUUGAAAAUAAGUCUGCAAAAGCAGUAACGUAAGCCGAAGACGCU